AUGGCGGCUUCGCUUGUUUCGGCUUCUGGCCAACACCAUGGUUGUGCAGUCCGCACCUGCAGACCACCUUCGUGUGACCCUCGUGUGCACCCCCCCAUACGCCCCUCUCCCUCCCCUCUCCCUCUCCCCCGUAGCUUCUGGCCAACGCCGUGGUUGUGCAGUCCGCACCUGCAGACCACCUUCGUGCACUUCUGCGCGCCCACGCCCCACGUGCCUUACAUCAGGCAUGUGGUGCGCACACCUGAUGGCGGCACCCUCGGCCUCGAUUGGGCCGAACCCGAAGCAGCAGGUGAGGGGUGCAGGGGGGUGCAGGGGGGCGACAAUAGAUGGUGGGGGGAAGGGCGGGAAGGGUGCAGGGGCGGCCGGAAUGGGGGGGAGCGGAGAGGCAAGGGUGGCAGGAGGGCGGGCGGAGCGGACGUCGCAGUGGUCUGGGGUGGGGAUGGGGAUGGGGAUGGGGAUGGGGAUGGGGAUGGGGAUGGGGAUGAGGAUGGGGAUGGGGAUGGGGAUGGGGAUGGGGAUGGGGAUGGGGAUGUGGAUGGGGAUGGGGAUGGGGAUGGGGAUGAGGGUGGGGAUGGGGAUGAGGAUGGGGAUGGGGAUGACAGUGUGGAUGGGAUAGGCAUGGGGAUGGGGAUGGUGGUGGUGAUGGUGAUGGUGAUGGUGAUAAAAUGUAAUUCGAGCACAAAGCCGUGCUUCCCCCACCUCCCCGUACACACCACCUGCUCUUGCCCUUCCCCCCUCCAUCCGCUCUUGCCCUUCCCCCCUCCAUCCGCUCUUGCCCUUCCCCCCUCCAUCCGCUCUUGCCCUUCCCCCCUUCACCCGUUUUCCCUCCUCUCCCACCUCCAAUUUUACCCACACCACCCUCCACCUCUCAUUGCCCCUCUGCUCGCAUCUGCGCAGCACACAGCACACAGCACUCUGUGUGACUUCUGUGGCUGUGGAGGUUGCAUUGGCUCCCAAUUCCUCCCCUCUCUCCCUCUGCUUCCCUCUGCUCCCUUCUUCCCCUCUGCUCCCCUCUGCUCCCUUCUUCCCCUCUGCUCCCCUCUGCUCCCUUCUUCCCCUCUGCUCCCUUCUUCCCCUCUGCUCCCUUCUUCCUCUCUGCUCCCUUCUUCCCUUCUGCUCCUCAUUUCUCCCCUUUGCACCCGUUUAAUCCCCUCUGCGCCCCUCGGGUUCCUGCUCCUCCCUCCCCUGCACUCCACCCCCCUGCACAGUACAUGCGGCAGUUCAAACCGCUUCUACAAUGCGGGGUGGACCACGGACCUGCGCUUUGUCAUCAGCCUUGUGCAACAAGAUUACCCCUACGCGCCCCUCUAUGCGAUCGGCACGUCCCUUGGAGCCAACAUCCUGGUGAAGUACCUUGGGGAGGAGGGUGCCUCGGGGCCCAUCCAAGCUGUUGUCUCCAUCUGUGCUCCCCUCUCUGCUGUCCUGCCCUCCCUGCUUUCCUUCUCCCCCCCUCCUUCCGGUCUCUUCCCCCCCGUUCCCCCUCAACUGCAGGUGAAGUACCUCGGGGAGGAGGGUGCGACGGGGCCCAUCCAAGCUGCUGUCUCCAUCGGCAAUCCCUGGGAUCUGCUGGUAUGGGCUCGCCUUGUCCCACCAUGUGCCGUGCUGGUAUGCUCUCACUGGUCCGCUCUUGCCCUGAACCCUAAACCAGUGCGUGAUGCCCCUUCUGUUCCCUUCUCUCCCCCUCUCCCCCUCUCUCCCCCUCUCCCCACCUCUCUCGCCCUCUCUCCCCCUCUCUCCCCCCCCCACCCUUUCGCCCAGAUCUCACCUCGUGGACGUGCAGCACGUCAUGAAGGUGGGUGGGCAGCAUGUUCUCUGCAACAUGCGUGUGCGGGGUGGCAUGGGCUGGCGGCAUGUGCUAUGUGCCGGGUGGCAUAUGCAGGGCGGCAUGUGCUGGGCGGCAUGUGCUGGGCGGCAUGUGCUGGGCGGCAUGUACUGGCUGGAAUGUUAGUGCAUGUGCAGCGCAUUAGCUACCCUCUCACGUCAUUCCUUGCUCCUUUCUCUGUCUUUGCCCUCUCACCACCACACCAUCCCCGCAAACUCCUUCAGGCGCGCACCAUCCGCCAGUUUGACGACCGCAUCACUCGCAUCGUCAGCAACUACGAGUGCCGCUGCUGGCUGUCCACUCCACUGCCCCCCUCCUCCUUAACCCCUCUUCUCGCCCCUACUUUUGCCCCUUCCCUUCCCCCCCUUCCCUUUGUUACCCCCCCUCUUCAGACCGUAGACACAUACUAUCGUCGAUGCGGGUCGGCCCAGUUCCUGCCAGAGGUGGCGGUGCCUCUGCUGGCUGUGAGCGCACUGGACGACCCCAUCUGCACCAGAGAGGCCAUUCCCUGGGACGAGGCCAAAGCCAACCCAAACGUGGUGCUGGCAGUGUCGCACCAUGGCGGGCAUCUGGCAUAUCUGCAGGGACUCACUGCUAGUAGUAUAUGGUGGUGA